AUGGAAAACCUCACGCCUGAACAGUGGCGCGAGAUCAUGAACAAGAAGAUGCGUUUCCCCCCGGAGCUCAUCAACGCCAUCCGCGAGGGGAAACUGGAGCUUAUGUGCGGGCUGCUGAAGACCGGGGACGGCAUCGUCCGCCAGCUGGACGAAUCGGAGGACCGCCAGUGGAGGGAGGCCCUCAACCUCUCCAUCCGCCUGGGCAACGAGGACGCCAUGGACGCCCUCCUGCAGGGCGUCAAGUUUGACUUCCGGCAGAUUCACGAGGCGCUGCUCGUCGCCGUGGACACCAACCGGCUGCUGGUGGUGAAGCUCCUGAUGGACCGCCUGGAUCAGGAGAAGGUCAGCAAGAUGGACGUGCGGUCCUUCUCUCAGGCCAUGUUUGACCGCUCCAUUGACAAUUCUCAGUUCGCCCCCGGGGUGACCCCGCUGACCUUAGCCUGCCAGAAAGACCUGUACGACAUCGUCACCAUGUUCAUCCAAAAAGGCCACAACAUCCCGUGGCCGCACAAGAUCUCCUGCGCCUGCCUGGACUGCCGCAACAGCCGGCAGUACGACCUCCUCAAGUUCUCCUUGUCUCGCAUCAACACCUACCGCGGCAUCGCCAGCCGGGCGUACCUCUCCAUCACCUCCGACGACGCCAUGUUCAGGGCUUUCUGUCUCAGCAGAGAGCUCCACAAGCUGUCCGAGAAGGAGCCGGAGUUCAAGCCGCAGUACCUGAGCCUGGAGCUGCUCUGUCAGGAGUUUGCCGUUGAGCUGCUGGGGAUGUGCCGCAACCAGAGCGAGGUGACCACCAUCCUCAACAGCUACGGGGACGAGAGUCAGGACGCCCUGGACGAGCAGGCCUUUGAGGAGGGGAUCCCAAACCUGUCACGUCUGAGGCUCGCUGUCAACUUCAAGCAGAAGCAGUUUGUUGCGCACCCAAUCUGCCAGCAGGUUUUAUCCUCAAUCUGGUGUGGGAACCUGGCAGGCUGGAGAGACAGCAGGAAAACCUGGAAGGUGUUUGUCUCCGUGGGAAUCUUUCUCACCAUGCCGCUUCUCUGCCUCGUCUACUGGAUCGCACCAAAGUCAAAGGUGGGGAAGCUGGUGAAGACCCCGGUGAUCAAGUUCCUGCUUCACUCUGCAUCCUAUCUGUGGUUUCUCAUCACGCUUCUUGGAGAAUCGAUCGCCAUGGAGGUGUAUCGAGAUGAAUUUGCAUCCCGUAACCAGAACAUCCUGCACAGCUCCUUCCACAUGGUGUGGGUGGUUGGAUUCUUCUGGUAUGAGUGUAAGGAGGUGUGGAUCGAGGGGCUGAGGAGUUAUUUCCGGGACAAGUGGAACUGCUUGGAUAUGAUGGUGCUCAGCAUGUACCUGGCGUCCUUCACAUUGCGAGUGCUCAUCAUGCUUAAAGGUUACAUCCUCUGCCACGAUCAGGACGUCACCGAGGAGUGCAUCUACUUCACUCAGACUGUGCGUGAGGACUGGCAUCAGGAGGACCCUCAGCUGAUCGCAGAGCUGCUGUUUGCAGUGACCAGCAUGCUGAGCUUCACGAGGCUGGCGUACAUCCUGCCGGCACACGAGACGAUGGGAACUCUGCAAAUCUCCAUAGGAAAGAUGAUUAACGAUAUGGUGAGAUUCAUGUUCAUCCUGAUGAUCAUCGGCACUGCCUUCCUCUGUGGCAUCAACAACGUCUACGCUCCUUAUGUCAUCUCUCCGCAUCUUGGCAGGUUUAACGAGACCUUCAACUUCCUCUUUUGGACCAUGUUCGGCGUGGCCAACCAGGACUACGUUGACAUGCCCCAGUUCAUGCUGGCGGAGCUGGUUGGGAGGAUCCUGUACGGCAUCUUCACUCUGGUCAUCGUCAUUGUGCUCCUCAACAUGCUCAUUGCUAUGAUCACCAACUCCUUCCAGAAAAUCCAGGACGACGCGGACGUGGAGUGGAAAUUUGCCCGGUCCAAACUGUACCUGAGUUACUUCAGAGAGGGCCUCACCAUGCCUGUGCCGUUCAACAUCAUUCCUUCACCAAAGGCCAUCUUUUAUAUCUUGAGGGGUAUCUUCAGGCGACUCUGCUGCUGCUGCACGUGUCCGUCUGAGCAAAAAUAUCCUCCUAUAGCCUCGAUGCCCCAGGAUAAGGGAUCUGAGGACAACCAGAUCCCGUACCGGCAGCAGGUGAUCAAAGCGCUGGUGCAGCGCUACAUCGAGUCCGCUCGCAGGGAGUUUGAGGAGACCAGGAGGAAAGACAUCGGCAAUCGGGUCACUGAGCUGAGCAAAGCGGUCGGCAGGAUGCACAGCGAGAUGAAGGUCGUCCAGCAGCUUCUGAUGGACAAGGGACACACGUCAAACGACGCGCUGACCAAAGAUGGCUCCUCCGUACUGGGGAAAUACAUCAUUGGCGCCAAGAACAACUUCAGAGGUUUUGCCAGCAGAGGAGAUGACAGGAAUGCAUCGCUUCAAGUGACAGUGCACCAAGGCCAGGAGGAGGUGAAAGAAGAAAAGGCCGAUUCAGAUGAACAGCAGGAGACAGACGCACAACAGAAUCAGGGGGGCGAGUGUGGAGCGGAGGGGCCAAAGGAGGACAAAGACUGUGAGGUGGUGAAAAUGGAGGAAGGCAGAGCUGGAGCUGAGUCAGAGCAAAAGAAGGAAACUGAUCAGAAAGAGCAGGCGGAAGAAGAUAGAAAUCAAAAUGGUGACAAUAUAGUAAAAGAAAAACUGACACAAGCAACUAUUAUCGGUAAUGUGGAUAAAGAGGAGACAGCUGUGGCUGGACAGGAUGAAGCAGGAAAAAGAAAUGAAAAGAAGAUGAAGAAAGGGGCUGCAGAAAUCACCGAACAGCAAGACUGCAACAAAGUCAGCUCUGAAAAGAUAGACGCAAAGAAAAUAGUGAAGAAACUCAAUAACAUAGAGUCAGGAGAAAAAGAAGCGGAGCCGAGAUGGAUGAAGGGUAGAAAGUUUGAGAAAAACGUAGCAGAGAAGUGUCAGAUUAAGGAAGAAACCAAAAAAACAGGAAACAAGAAGACGAUUCCCUCCCCGACAGGAAGUAGCACCUCCCAGGACACCGGCUUCGGCUCCCAAGAGGGCGACGGAUCGAUUGACGGUGUGCAAGUGAGGCCUUAA